AUGUCGCGUUUCUGUUUCGCUUGCGCUGGGAAACCGGCAGCGUCUCCAGAGUGCUGGGAGAUGCGUAAGCGGCGGCAACAUCAUGCGAGCGCCGUAUAUUUCUUCAAUUCUGUUGCCAAUACGUUGGGGGCCCCAUGGUUUAUGUCAUCCUCCUCUCUCAGUCCCCUUUCAAUUGCGCUCGUUCUUGUUAAUGUCUCCUCACGUCUCCUCACGUCUCCUCAUUCCCCUUUCCACUGGAGACUUUCCGAAGAGAGCUACGGGCUCCGUCCUUUGGAGCUUCUCAUUGGGCCGGGUUUCGGUAGAGCCUCCGUCAAUUGGGGGUUUUUGUUCCUUGCCAUCUGCGACCCCAAAGACAAGAAAAAGCAUGUGCUAGGGCACUCUGAAAACAGCCGUUUGCGACACCUUGACAGAGACUCGAGAGACCGUGGCUGCAUAGCAUACGAAAGUAUUUCCAUUCAAUACACAACAAAAGGCGGUCAGACAUUCUCAGCUCACCAAGAUCGGCAAAAUUUCCCAUCUGAUUUCCCAUUUUCUUCAGCCUCUUCAGCCAACGGGCUGCAUGCCAGCUUUACUCUCCUUUUCCUGCAUGCGCAAUCACAAAUUGCCUUGCUCGAACCCCUGCUAACCCCAAUUCUAGAACGUCACUGGGCGCUAGCAAGCAGCCGGGGGGAUGAAAGCUUGCUGAAGGUGAAACAGGUAAAUUGCAUACUGUGCCAAUCGAACUUGUGGGAACAUGCAUCGAAAGCGAGAAUGAGACGAGUAUUGGACGUCCUUUGGAUGUCGACAGCUGUACGUCGUAUCUUGAUACCUCACGAGAUGAAAGUUGUUGGGCCAAUUGGAACGCUGCCCUUUGGCGUUCGAACCUUGAUGUUUAAGCUUGUCCCUGCCGAAGCGCCCCGACCAUCGAAUUCACUAUCUCCGAGAUUGAACUUGGGCACGACGCGGCUCCAGCACCUUUUUGCAUCCUCGGAACACGCAAUGGGAGUAAAGUGGUCCCUUCAACAAGUUGUGCACCAGAGAAAAGGUGUCAACCAUGCUGGUAGCAACGAGUGCUGGAUGGUGUCAAUGUACAUAUUCUCCAGUUGUUCUCAGGUGCUUUUUGGUUGGUUUUCUACUACGAGAUCAGAGCCAAAACAGAAAUGGGCCAUCGUCCUUCUCUCCAGAUUUCUCUUGCCGAAUUUGUAUGGUCGCCCUUGUUGCCCCCGUUGCCACAAUACGUCGGACCAGACUGGCCCAGAUGGACGGAUUAUCGUCAUGUGGAUUCUGGAUGAGGCGUUCUCCUGUCUGUUAACGCAAAAAGUCCUUCUCGAGCUUCCCGACAACGAUGCUGCUGGCGUAUACCCGAGCUGUCCCUGA